GAAUGCAUUGUGAUCUCUACCAUGAAAUUCUUGUCUCUGUUUGUGUGUCUUUUAAUCGCGCUAAUCGCAGUUAAGGCAGAUCCUUUAUCGCCGUCUUUUCAAAAAUGCCUGGAUGAAAUAAGUGAUGCGGAAUUGUGUGAAAAUUUCAAAGAUCAAUUCCCGGAAGAUGCACCUGCUGUUCCUCUCGAUGAAUUUACCUUCGAGGCGUAUUCUGGAUAAUUUAACUUCACUUUCGUUGAGUAAUUCCGACGAACGCGAAUUAAGCUGAAUAAUUUAUUGUGCACUAUUGCUUUAUAAGUUAAGCAAAUAAACAAAUUUGUUUUGAUGUAAUAUUUGAUUGGUUUCCAUCGAUUUGUGUUUUGACAAGAAAUUAAUCAGUCGCCUUAGAUUUGGCUAUAAAAAGCUUUUGUAAGCUAAACUAAAAUCAACAUUAGCACAUAAAAGUGUACUUAUCACCACUAAUUAGUUGAAAAUAAUGUAUAUAGGUAAAGAAACAACCCAUACCAAUUAAAUUAAAACUGGCUGCGGCAGUUAAUGCUGCCAUGUAUAAGAAAAUAAAAUGUGAAAACUC